UGUCCAAGAACACUGAUGGCAAACUUUAAGGGCCAUGCUCUCCCAGGGAGUUUUUUCUUGAUAGUUGGACUGUGGUGGUCAGUGAAGUACCCACUGAUGUACUUCCACCAAAAGGGGAAAAGCAGCCGGCUGACUCAUUACCAUCAGCGUCUCGAGAUCAUUGAAGCCGCAAUCCGAACUUUGUUUUCCAUCAUUGGGAUCCUGGCGGAGCAGUUUGUUCCGGAUGGGCCCCACCUCCACCUGUACCAUGAGAACGAGUGGGUGAAGUUGAUGAACUGGCAGCACAGCACCAUGUAUCUGUUCUUUGCGGUCUCGGGAAUCGUGGACAUGCUCACGUAUCUCACUACCCAUGUUCCCCUGGGGGUGGACAGAUUGGCUCUGGCUAUUGCAGCAUUCAUUGAAGGUUUUCUCUUCUACUACCAUGUCCAUAACCGACCACUCUUGGACCAGCACAUCCACUCACUCCUGCUGUUCGCACUGUUUGGAGGGACUUUUAGCACCUUCUUAGAGGUGAUCAUCCGGGACAACAUCGUGCUGCAACUCUUCCGAACCACCCUCGUCAUUCUUCAGGGCACCUGGUUCUGGCAGAUCGGGUUUGUGCUGUUCCCACCUUUUGGAGCACCCAAAUGGGACCAGAAAGAUGAAGCAAACAUCAUGUUCAUCACCAUGUGCUUCUGCUGGCACUACAUGGCUGCCCUCUGCAUUGUGGCCAUCAACUACUCUCUCGUUUACUGCUAUUUGACUCGGUUAAAGAGGCGCAGAGGAGAAAUCAUUGGGAUUCAGAAGCUGAAGUCAGAUCACACUUACCAGACGGCCCUCUUGAGUGGCUCAGAUGAGGAGUGAGGAGGCUACUCGUCAUCAGUGUGGGGUGGACAUGUCCCUUUGAGCACAAACAGCGAGAGUGUGCAAAGGUGUAGCUUGGCUCCUCCAUUUCAAUGCUUCCUUUGGUUUGCUCUUACUGUUCUAUGUAUUUGCACUUUCUCAUUUAAUUGGCUAAAGUCUGUGUUGCUGUGGUAUCCUUCAUAAAG